UUCAUACUUCAUUAUUGUUGACGAUUCUGAAUAUUGCACCAUUCGGUUAUAAAUGAACAUAUGUCGUUUAAAAAAAAAAGAUUUGUAAUUUGUUAAAAAUAUAAAUAGGAAGUUAAAAAAGUUUCAACAAUCACUGUACCAAGAUGAAGUUUAAAAAUAUUAAAAGCAUACAUGUUUAUAAAUUAUAUAAACAACACAAAUAAUGGAAUCAUUUUUUGAGCUAUUUGAUAUGAAAGAGAGUAUGUUUAAAGGAGAAAAAUCCUGGAAUGAUUCUGAAAAUGAGGAGAAUGAAAUAUCAGAUUCUAAUAGUACUAUUUAUGAAGCUAAUGAUGAUCGAUUACCUCCAGAACCAGAACAUGGAAACAUUGAAUAUAAAUUAAAGCUGAUAAACCCAUCUAGUCAAAGAUUUGAACACUUAGUAACCCAAAUGAAAUGGCGUCUUCAAGAAGGACAUGGAGAAGCUAUUUAUCAAAUUGGAGUAGAAGAUAAUGGAAAAUUAGCAGGAUUAUCAAUAAAUGAUAUGAAAGCUUCUUUACAAACAUUACAAGAUAUGGCCACUAGAUUAGGUGCAACAACAAAUGUCCUUAAAGAACGCUUAACCCCUUUAAAGUCUAAUCAGAAAUCAACAGUUAAAAAUGACAAAAAAGAUCAGAAAACAGUAGCUGAAGUUUUAAUUCGUAAGCUUAGAAAAGAUGAUAGAGAAGAAGAAAAAGUAAUUGAUUUAAGACUUGCAGUUAUGGGAGGUCAAGAUGCAGGAAAAUCAACUUUACUAGGUGUAUUAACACAAGGAGAAUUAGACAAUGGUCGAGGACGAUCAAGAUUGAAUGUGUUUCGUCACCUACAUGAAAUAAAAUCAGGACGAACUUCAUCAAUUUCACAUGAAAUAAUAGGUUUUGAUAAUAAUGGACAUGUUUUAAAUUAUGCUGAAAUGACAACAGCAGAAGAAAUUUGUGAACAUGCCUCAAAAGUUGUAACUUUUAUAGACUUAGCAGGACACAGAAAAUAUUUAAGAACAACAUUAUUAGGAUUGACAGGUUAUUCACCUCAUUAUGUAAUGCUAGUCGUUGCACCUCCUGUUAAUGAAGUCGUUCAAGAGCAUAUGGCUUUGUGUCUAGCUCUUGGCUUGCCAUUUUUUGUUGUUAUUACAAAAGUUGACUUAGGAUAUUGCAAUCCUCAAGAAACAUUAUCACAUUUAGAAAAAAUUGCAAAUUUACAAGGCUGUGAUAAAAAAUUUGCUUUACCCAUUAAUAAUAAUCAAAGUAUUCAACAGAAUAAUACUAAAUUAAUAUCAGUGUUUGCUAUUAGUUGUGUAACUGGUGAAGGAUUAGAAGAGUUAACAAGAUUUAUUAGAGAUUUGACUCCUAUAGAAUCAAUAAGUCCAGAUUUAGCUCCUGAUGUUUGCUUAUUUCAAAUAGAUGAAACUUUUAGAAUAGCAAGAUCUUUAGAACCAGUAUUAGGUGGAUUACUUAUCAAAGGAAUAAUAACCUUAGGAACAAGAUUACUUGUUGGUCCCUCACCAGAUGGAAAAUUUAGCCCUGUCAAAGUUGUUAGUUUACAUCGUAAUAAAGUACCAUGCUGCUUAGUACGAGCAUCACAGAGUGCUAGUUUAAUACUUGCACCAUUAACAAAAACUGAUCCACCUUUACCUCAUUUACGUCCUGGUAUGGUAUUAAUCUCUGUUCAAGACCAGCCACGUGCAAUUCUUUUUUUUCAGGCAACUGUAAUAAUUAUAUAUCAUUCUACUGCUAUUUAUCCAGGAUUUCAAGCAACUGUACAUAUUGGUAAUGUACGACAAACUUGUGUUAUAGAAGGAAUAAUGGAUAUAAAAAAAAGUGGAUUACAAACAACUGAUACUGCAUCUGUACUAUUCAGAUUUUUGAAUCAUCCAGAAUAUUUGCAUGUUGGAAUGCAGUUACUAUUACGGGAGGGGCGUACAAAAGCUGUAGGAAAAGUAACACAAAUUUUCCCUUUAGGAAAGAUAAGUGAUAAAAAUACGUAGGAAUAACGUGAUCAAUAUCAAUGGAAAUUUUAAUAAAAAUUUUAUAGG